CAUCAAAAGCAAUCUCAGUUAAUCUAUUCCCACGCCCUCACCGAAUUUUUCUCUCUUCUUCCUCUAGCUAGGUGAAAUUCCCUCACUGUAGCGACUCAAUACACGUGCAUAUGCAAAAUGCUGUGUAUUUGAUUAUAUAUAUGUGUGUAUUAAUCGCGAUUCACGAUCCUCCUAAAAACUGAAGUUGAAAUUGAGGCGAAAUGAAAGGGUUUGAUCUGGUGAACGGCGUUCUGCCGGACGAAUUGAUAGUGGAGAUAUUCCGGCGCCUGGAUGCGAAGCCGAGCCGCGACGCCUGCUCGCUGGUCUGCAAGCGGUGGCUCAGCCUCGAGCGCCUCAGCCGCGACACAAUUCACAUCGGCGCCUCCGCCUCCCCCGACAAGCUCGUCGAGCUGCUCGGCCGCCUCUUCCCGAAUAUACAAUACGUGUUCGUCGACGAGCGCAUCUCCGUCACGCUACCCGUGCAAUGCGGAAAAAGACGUCGCCGUUCACUUACGAGGGGCAGGUGGGAUGAGGGAUCUGACCAAAAUGCGUUUGGCGAUGAUAGCAUGGGAGCUAGUUGUUUAUCAAACUAUGGGCUGGAAGCUGUUGGGGGAAGCUUUGUAAAGCUUGAAAAAUUGAGCCUUAUAUGGUGCUCUAGCUUAACAGACGCAGGGUUAAAAUCUUUUGCCGAAAAAUGUCGAUCACUUAAAUCUCUCGAUUUACAGGGCUGCUACAUUGGAGAUGAAGGUUUAGCUGCUAUAGGAGAAUGCUGCAAUUCUCUUCAGGAUUUGAACUUACGAUUUUGUGAAGGAUUGACUGAUAGAGGACUGGUUCAACUGGCCCUUGGUUGUGGGAAGACCUUGAAAUCAAUUGGGGUUGCUGCAUGUGCUAAGAUCACUGAUAUCUCACUAGAGGCAGUGGGAUCUCACUGUAGAUGUCUUGAAUCUCUAUCACUGGACUCAGAGAUCAUCAAUGACAAAGGCUUGCUUGCUGUGGCAAAAAGAUGUUCCACACUAAAAGUUCUGAAACUGCAAUGUCUGAAUAUUACUGAUGAAGCUCUACAAGCUGUUGGAAUAUAUUGUUCAUCGUUGGUGGUAUUGGCUCUAUACAGCUUCCAGAAAUUGACAGACAGGAGCCUGUUUGCCAUUGGGAGGGGAUGUAAGAAGUUGACAAAUCUUACAUUGAGUGACUGUUUCCUUCUGAGUAACAUUGGUUUAGACUCUAUAGCUGUCGGUUGCUCAGAGCUUAUGCAUAUUGAAAUUAAUGGCUGCCACAAUAUUGGAACUGAUGGAUUCAAGUCUGUUGGAAAAUUUUGUGCCCGACUUUCUGAGCUAGCCUUGCUGUACUGUCAGAGGAUAGAAAGUGGUGCCCUAAGCGAAAUUGGUAAAGGAUGCAAAUUCUUGCAAGCUCUUCACUUGGUAGAUUGCUCAGGGAUUGGGGAUGAUUCCAUGUGUAGUAUAGCCAUGGGCUGUAGUAACUUAAAGAAACUCCAUAUUCGCCGAUGUUAUGAGGUGGGAAAUAAAGGAAUAGUUGCCAUUGGAGAAAACUGUAAAUCUCUCACUGACCUCACGCUUCGAUUCUGUGACAGGAUUGGGGAUGAAGCACUGAUUUCAAUAGGUCAAGGCUGCUCCUUACAUCAAUUGAAUGUAAGUGGUUGCCACCAAAUUGGGGAUGCUGGAAUAAUUGCUAUUGCUAGAGGCAGCCCUGAACUCAAUUCUCUGGAUAUAAGCGUUCUUCAGAAUCUUGGGGAUAAUGCGAUGAUGGAGUUGAGCGAAGGUUGUCCUUUACUAAAGAACAUCGUGAUAUCACAUUGUCGCCAGAUAACAGACAUGGGGGUUGGCUAUCUUUCAAGAAGAUGCACGUUACUGGAGUCGUGCCACAUGGUGUACUGCCCCAGGGUCACUGAAGCUGGAGUUGCGACCAUGGUUGCAAUGUGUACGAGAAUGAAGAAGAUACUGGUCGAGAAGUGGAAGGUUAGUUCUCGGACCAAAAGACGAGCUGGAUCCAUCAUCAGUUACCUGUGUGUCGACCUUUAAAUCCUCAGGUUCGAGUUUGAGAGUGAACUACGUUCGUGCUGCUUCUCUGCCGGUGGCAAAAAACAACUCUGUAAAAUUCCUCUAUUAGUGAAUAAAGUCAUAGCUUAACCCAACUAUGACUAAUUCCUACAUCUGCAGUAAGUAAAUUCUGUUUGUGUAAUAGUAUGUGAAAUGAUACAUAAUUGUAAAGGACUUAUUUUUUAUAAAUAAUUUGUCAUCAACUCAUACUCCGUAUUCAGAAAGAAAGUCAACAUUCUUUA